AUGGCGUCUCAGGCAGAACCAUACCAGCUGGACUAUCAGGACCUCAUCGCAUCCUCCGUCACAGACGUGGUCGACCAAUUCGGCAACGGCAUUGACAUCCCCAGCGUGCAGUUCACCAGCAUCAGUACUGCUAAGGUGGAGGGCCUCGAACUGUACAAGCAUCUUCUUGAGACCGACACUGGCAUGAAGCUGCAGCUCACCGUCAAUGCCCUAGAGAAUGAGGUGUCUAUCGUCCCUAUUCAGCGCAUGGCCAACACCAACGUCGCCGCCGGCGGCGUAGACGAAGGUCCGAAGAGCCCACCGAAGGACAAGAUUCCUCGCCCCGCCAAUGCAUUCAUCCUCUACCGCAAAGACUGGCAUCCCGUCAUCCCGGGACUUCACAACAACGACAUCUCCGUCAUCAUCGGCCGUCAGUGGAAGGAAGAGAGUGAGGGGAUCAAGGAGCUGUACAAGCGCAAAUCCGAAGAAGCCAAGCGCCAGCACGCCAUCGACCACCCAGGCUACCAGUACCAGCCACGCAAGCCGUCGGAGAAGAAGAAGCGCAUGACGAAGACCAAGCUGGCGAAGUUGAGAGCGCAGGCCAACGAUGCCAACGCCCCGCAGCCGACGUCUGACUUCGACAACAUGCUGGCCAACAUUACGCAAGAGCAGCAGAUCUCCGUCGACGCGUUCAACAUUCCAGGUCAGCGCGCGUUACCCACCCUGCAGCAGAGUGGGGACCUCAACAUGCAUCUCGCCAUUGACGCCAAUCGCGAGCAAGAGACCUCGAUCCGCGAAGAGAUUGAGGCCUGGAAUGCCACCGGUCCGGAGCGCGGCGCUUAUCACACAGCGACGUCCUUGGCCGCGGGCCAGAUGCUCGUCAAUGGCAUCGCCACCGGGGGAAUCCCACAAGAUGAGAUCCCCUACGACUUCACCAUGGCGGACCUCGAGCUAUUCCCUGCCACAGAGGCCACUCCCUUCCAGAUGGUCCACUAUCCCACCGCCGAGGUCAACCGUCAGAUGGCCAUUUGGGACGAUGCUAUCGCCGAUCUCUUCUUCGACUUCGCAAAGGCCCAGGCCACAGCGUCUCAGGCUGAGGAGACCCGCACUGAGGCUGACGAGACCUACACUGAGGCCCAAGACGCCUAG